CAGGGGCAUUACUACUUCAUCCCCAACCUUUUAACCUUACCUUUCUUUGCCCCUUCACUCUCUUGCAUGCGUGUGGUGGCGGGGUGAAAAGGGAUUGAAAGGUAGGCCAGCUUCAGACACGUUGCUCGGCACCGAUUUUCUUUUCUCUGCAGCUCCAUUGGUCUUUUGUAGCCACCGCGCCCUGCGCUACGGAUUCCGCGCUUUUUGACUCGCUGCUUUGCCCUGGACAGUCCAUCUACUAGUUGUGCUGUCUUAGUCGCUUCAUUUUUUGGAAAUAUUUUUGCUAUCUAUUUAGUUUCUACCACAUCUGCCGCAUAUGGCGUAUAACGCACUCCUCUAGACUGUCGCAUUCCAGAUAUAUUUGGUGACUCGGUGGAUCUUCCCCGCAACACUAUGCCGGAGACAAACGAGCAUCUCCGACAACACCGCUCUUUGCGGGACCAGAUCGUGGGACUUUUCCAAGGAUUUUCGCAAAGCACUUCCGAUGCCUCCCACACAGAACGGAUCAUCGUGCCCCGAGAACCUAGCGAUAGAACCCGUUUGCUGAAAUUUUACGAUGGUGACGACCCUGCAUGUGGUCUGAGAGAUGCUUGCAACCACGGUACAUUCUCACCAAGACCAGGUAGUGAGGAAUAUGAGGAUGGUACUUCUGGGCCAGAUUUUGUCCAGGGGCCUGAGAAUAUGCCCAGGACAGGGUCAACGGCAGCCUGGCCGGUGAAAAGCCCCAGGUCUCUGUAUAUCUCAUACUACAUCCCGUUUUUCAACUGGAUACCUCAAUAUCGGUGGUCGUUCCUGCGCGGCGAUCUAAUCUCCGCCUUGACAAUCGCAUCGAUCUAUAUCCCAAUGGCCCUUUCUUUGGCCUCGAAUCUUGCUCAUGCGCCCGCAAUCAACGGACUAUACUCUUUCGUGUUCCAACCUUUUAUCUACGCGAUCCUUGGAAGUAGCCCCUUGUUGCUUCUCGGCCCAGAAGCGGCUGGGUCUCUGUUGACAGGUACCAUUGUCAAAACGAGUGUCUCGCAGGGACUGUCACGAGAGGACGACGAAGCUGCGAGCGCCAUGGUUGUCGGUGUCGCAACUGCCAUGGCAGGCUCAAUGAUACUCGUCGCUGGAUUGACCCGGUUAGGCUUCCUAGACAACGUCUUGAGCCGACCGUUUCUCAGAGGCUUCAUCACCGCAAUUGGCUGUGUCAUCUUUGUCGACCAGCUCAUCCCAGAAGUGGGCUUAGCUGAUCUGGCGAGGGAUGCGGGCGUCAGUCACGGAAGUACAGCAGAGAAGCUCGUCUUCCUGCUCAGAAAUAUCAAGAGCUGCCAUGGUCUGACAGCUGCAGUCUCCUUUGCCAGCUUCACGAUAAUCAUGCUUUUCAGAACACUCAAGAAAUUCUUGGAGCCACGGUUCCCUCAGGUUGUCUACUUCCCCGACCGGAUUAUCGUUGUCAUCUUGUCAGCAGUUCUUACCUGGCACCUCGGCUGGUAUGAGAAGGGGCUUGAAAUUCUUGGGCCCGUCCAGGAGACAGGCAAUGGGAUCUUUGCGUUCAACUGGCCUUUCCAAUUCCAGCAUAUGAAGCAUGUACGGACAGCCUUGAGUACUUCCUUUGUUAUUGCAUUGCUUGGCUUCUUUGAGUCCUCCGUUGCCGCCAAAGGGCUGGGCGAGAAACGAGAUGGAGUGCAGGGCAUGCCCGUGAGCGCCAACAGAGAAAUGGUGGCGCUGGGCGUUGCCAAUGUUGUUGGUGGCUGUUUCAUGGCGCUUCCUGCAUUCGGUGGUUACGGGAGAAGCAAGUUGAAUGCUUCCACAGGGGCGCGAUCUCCGAUGAGCAGUAUCUUUCUGAGCAUCAUCACCGCCGUUUGUAUUAAGGUGAUCCUGCCUUACCUGUACUAUUUACCGAAAGCUGUGCUUUCCUCUACAAUCUCAGUGGUGGCAUAUAGUCUAAUAGAGGAGUGUCCUCAUGAUGUGGCUUUCUUCAUUCGCCUGCGUGGCUGGACAGAGCUCACAUUGAUGAUUCUUAUCUUCGGCUCGACAAUCUUUUACUCCCUGGAACUGGGCAUUGCUCUCGGAAUCGGAUUGUCUAUUUUGAUCCUGAUUCGCCAUUCGACCCAGCCUCGAAUUCAGAUUCUUGGUAAGGUCGCCGGUACCAGUGAUCGAUUCGACAACGCCGAACUCCACGGGGAGAAUGUGGAGCUCAUCGAGGGUGCGCUUAUCGUCAAAAUCCCGGAGCCUCUCACAUUCGCCAACACCGGCGACCUGAAGAAUCGUCUGCGCCGGCUCGAAUUCUACGGCACCAACCAAGCACACCCUUCCCUCCCGCGCUCACGCCCCCCCGAGCAUAACAAGAACAUCAUCUUCGACGUGCACGGGGUCACUAGCAUCGACGGCUCCGGGACGCAGGUUCUCUCCGAGAUUGUGAAUGAGUAUCUCAACCUCGGAGUGAGAGUGUUCUUCUGCCGUCUUCCCAAUCGCAAUGUCUUCCGCAUGUUCGAAAGGAGCGGCAUCGUCGACCGCUGCGGCGGCAUGCAAUACUUUGUGCACAGUGUUGACGAGGCCCUGAGACUUGCCGAAGCAGAGGGUGGACCAUUGGAGCCUUGAGCCCCUCGUCGCAAGGCGAGCCAAGUUCGCCUCUGGGAGGGUUGUUCGCGUUUGGUUCUUCCCCACGAUCAUCGCCAUGUAUAGACGUGACACGUGUUUCCGAUAUAUCGCUUGACAAUUUUUG